AUGGCUGAUGCUUACACCGACUACAAGGCGUCCAAGUCAAGAGAAACUCGGUACCCCACCAUUGGGUUCCUGUGGUCUCCUUCCACUCUGCAGGCCCGGUCUCUGACCUUUCCGACUCCAUCAUCACAACUCUCUUCCUUUUCCUUUGGCCAGCAACCUAGAACCUCUAGCCGUACUGCCUUCCGGACCUAA